AUGCUGUUGUCUCCGCUCUCCUCCCACCUCCUGUUCUCAAGUAUCUACGUCGCGCUCUUUGUACUUGCUUGCUACAAUUUGGUGGUAUCGGUCGUCGAAAGACCUGCCGCGGUGAUGUUUCAGGUACCUCCCCAGCUCAACACGCCAGCCAGCUCUUCGUCCACAACGGCAGUCCGCCUCCGCGACGCCAUCGACUCUCGAAUCGCAGAGGAACAGGCGCGUCAAAAGACAGCGCAGGACAACCUCUCGCGCUCUGGUUCCACUCGCCGUCCUCUCAAUAACAAUUCGUCCCCGGGUCGACCUUCCCGACCCCGCCGCAACACAGCAACCCCUGUCCGGGGGCCAGAUCCCCAGGAAUUUGAGGGAGAGUUUGCGAUCGGGGAAGAUGAGGAUUCAAGCCGCGCAGCGACACCUCGGUUAGAGACGCCCGAAGAUCCCUCGGAAGAAGCUACGAAGCCGACAGAGACAGAACCCGGUGAGGAUGAUGCAGAGAAGGGCAAAGCAAAGCUGCUUGUUGCUGAGAGCUCUGGCAAAGAUCUGGCACCCGCGGGAGAGAAGACUCCGUCUGCUCAAGACAAACUUGAGCUUCCUGUGGAGGUCAAGGCGAAGCUUCGCAGAUUAGACAAGCUCGAGGGUCGAUACAAUGAGCUACUCAAGGCUUAUCGCUCUGCACACGCACGAGUCCUUUCCAUCGAGCCGUUCGAGGCUGCACUACGAGAGAAUACCCCGUUGACCUCUAUCGCCGAGCCCAAAGCCCUCACUGAGUACCUCAAUCAAAUGUCUCUGAAAAGCGACAUGGUCAUUGAUGAACUUAAGCGAGUGACGACCGACCGCGACGACUAUAAGAACAAGUUGGAGGAAGCUCAAAAGGAAACAAAAGCAGCCCACGAUGAGUUGACUGGGCUGAAGAGCCAAAAAGAAACCUCAAGCCAGGAAACCGAUCAGAAGGCCGCGAACAAGGAGGGGGAGGCGAACGAAGAAUUCUUCUCUUUCGAUAAUGAAGUCCCUCGACUGGAAGGAGAAUUGAAGGAGAAGCAAGAAGAGGUUGACACCCUGAAGACUGAAGUGGAUAAGCUCAAAAAAGACCUCUUCGUUGCGCGAGAGUCUACCGAAGGAAUGGUUCAGAGCUUGGAGACUUCAACGCGGGAGCUUGUCGAAUUGCGCGAAGGCAAAGACAAGCUAGACGCAGAAAUUGAUUCGUUGAAAUCCGCCAAAGAGAAGGAGGUCGGCGAGCUCAAGGCCAAGCUCGCUGAUACCGAGUCGUCCCUGCAGGAGGCUACAAAAGAGGUUGAUCAAUUGAGGACCGACUUGCAGGGAAAGACCGAGGUAAUUGAACGACUGCAGACCGAAGCUCUCGAGGCCGAGAAGCCGGAGCUUGACCCAACCCUUCUGGCCCAAUUGGAAGAGGCUAAGAAAGCUAAGGAUGCCACUGACAAGAGACUCGAUGUGGUGCAGAGCCUCGUUGACACCUUCAAAUCACAGCUCAAGGAAGCCGAAUCGCAAGUAUUGGCCUUGAAGAAGGAGAUAGACCAAAAGACCGAAGAUUCUUCCAAGCUUCAACAGGUCGUCGAUUUUGUGGAUGGUGGUCUGAAAGGUAUCCCUGCCUGGGAGCAAGCGAAAAGCAACGUCGUGGCUGGCAAGGAGGCCAGCUUCGAAGAAAUUCGUAACAGCCUUGCUCCACCCCAAAAUCCUCUAAACCCCACCUCUACCCCUGCAACCGUCGAAAUGGAAGCUGCAGCUCCUGUUGUAGGAGGCUCGGGUGCCGGCGGCAAGAAGAAGAACAAGAAGAAGAAGAAGGGCGGUAAGGCCGCCGAGGAGGAGCCCAAGACAAAAGAGGCAUCCGUAGUCGAAGUGGCAACUCCAGCGGCUGACCCUGGGGUGGUUGAUGAGCUGACGAAACAAAUCGAGACCCUCACUCAGCAGCUAUCCGAGAAAGAAAGUGCGAUCGAUCGCUUGAGUGUCAAAUUGAAGGGUGAGGAGGAUCUCAAAGAGGAGAUUGAGUCGCUCCGAGAUGAUCUUAUCAAUGUCGGGCAAGAGCAUGUCGAGUCUAAGGACAAGAUUAAGGAGCUCACAACAGAGAAAUCUGCACUGCAAGAAACAAUUACAAAGCUCGAAAAGGAGUUAGCAGAGGUUCGGACCAGUAACGCUUCGAAUUCUGCCGAUUCGCAGAAGUUGCAUGAUGACCUCAAAGGGGAAUUUGAACGCCUGAGAACCCGUUCAGCUUCGCUGGAAACUGACCUCUCGGCAGCCCAGCAACUGGCUGCGACGCGAUUCAAGGACCUUACUGAUCUGCGUGAGAAAUUGGAGAAGGUUCAACCCGAGCUGCGCAGCUUGCGAGCGGAAUCAUCUGAGCUCAAGAACAUGAAAGAUAUUCUCGCCAGCAAGAAUGGCGAGUUGAGAAAUCUCGAGGCCAGUUGCGACGAACUGCGGGCCGAGCUCAAGGUCAUCAAGACGACGGUGUCUGAGCGAGACUCCGAAGUCGGCACUCUUAAUAAGAAGAUUCGGCAAGAGACUGACAGCCGUCUGAAGGCCGAGGAGGCGCUGACAGUCGCUCAGUCUGAUUUACGGUCAUUUGAAGCGCGGAAGCAAGAGGCCAUUACCUCGCGAGAGAAUGCUCUCGGUGAACUUAGUAAGGCACAGGAAGGCUUGAAGAGUACACGAGUGAAGGUUCGCGAGAUGGAAGAGCAAAUCUCGCGGUUGACUAAAGAAGUCGGAGGACUCAAAGAAGAGAUUCAACUCAAGACUGCUCAGCAUGCAAGUGCGCAGAGUCUCAUAGGUAGCAUGCGCGAUCAAACCACCGAAGUGGCCACGCAGAUGAAGGAAGUCAAAGAACGAUGCGAAAGCUUGGAGGAAGAACUUGCGGACGCCCACCGCCUCCUCAACGAGCGGACCCGGGAGGGUGAGACCAUGCGCCGAUUGAUCAAUGAUAUUGAGACUCGAUCUGAAGCGAAGGUUCGUGAUUUUAAGGAACGCAUGGAGGCCGCUAUUGAGGAACGCGAUCGUGCCGAAGAUGAAGCCAGUACCCAGGCUCGCCGCCGUGCUCGCGAGAUGGAAGAUUUGAAGGCCAAGGUCCGUGAAGCCGAACGCGCAUUGCGGACGGCCGAAGAAGAUCGAGAAAAUCUUGAGCAGUCCCAGAAGGACUGGCGCCGCCGACGGGAUGAGCUUGAAUCUCAGUCGGAGCGAUCCACUCAGGAGCUUGAGGAGGUGCGUCAAGCGAUGGCCUCUCUUCGUGAACAGCUUGACGAGAGCGAAAGGCAAGUGCGCGAUCUGGAGAAGGAAAAGAUCGAGCUUCGUCGCUCUGUAGAAGAGACAAGCAAUCGCCUGGAGAAAUUGCGUCGAUCGCACAAGACCCUGGGCGAAGACAUUCGCCUGCGUGGCAUGGAGUCGGCGGCGUUCUCUCCCCCUCCAGCACCAGACCGCAGUGCCUCGAGCCGGAGAAGCGAGACUCCGUCCAGUGCUGGUCCUGGGGUUGGGGCUGGCUCCAUUGACUAUAUGUACUUGAAGAAUGUUCUUUUGCAGUUCAUGGAGCAAAAGGACAAGAACUACCAGAAGCAGCUCAUUCCUGUUCUGGGGAUGCUGCUGCAUUUUGACCGAACCGAUGAACAAAAAUGGAUGUCAGCCAUCAUGUCCCGCUAA